UUCCGAAUUUGAUCGCAGCUAAAUUUCAGGAAAAAUAGAGAUAUACAUGUGUAUAUAGCAGCAGCAUGCUAAAAAUAUAGACGGAAGAGGCAUGGUGGAACCCAAACCCUAGGAGAUCCAGAAAUCGAGAGAGGGAGAGGUCAAAGGAGGUAAGGAUAGGGACGUGCGUGUCCAAGACAGGUGCUGGGCAUGUGCCCGGGGCCUCUGGAAAGUCCGCGAAGAGGCUCUCGUCCCAGCACCUCGGAGGUGGAUCCGGUUCCGGUUCCGUCGGAGAAGCGACUGAUCAGUCUGAUCUCGUCGGCGGACCUAAGAUGAAGGGCCUCUUCAAAUCCAAGCCUCGCACUCCCCCCGAUAUCGUCCGCCAGACGCGCGAUCUCCUCCUCUACGCCGAUCGAGCCGUCUCCUUGCCUGACCUCCGAGAAUCCAAGCGAGAGGAGAAGAUGGCAGAGCUUAGCAAGAAUAUCCGGGAGAUGAAGUCGAUCCUAUAUGGAAACAGUGAGGCUGAGCCUGUCGCUGAAGCCUGUGCCCAGUUGACUCAGGAAUUCUUUAAGGAGAAUACUCUCCGCCUCUUAAUUAGAUGUCUCCCGACACUCAACUUGGAGGCCAGGAAAGAUGCUACACAGGUUGUUGCAAAUUUACAGAGGCAACAAGUCAAUUCAAGGCUGAUUGCAUCUGAUUAUCUGGAAGCCAACAUUGAUCUUAUGGAUAUCCUUAUAGAAGGCUAUGAGAACACGGACAUGGCUUUACAUUAUGGUGCUAUGUUGAGGGAGUGCAUCCGCCAUCAGACUGUUGCAAAAUAUGUUUUGGAAUCACGGCACAUGAAGAAGUUUUUCGAUUUCAUACAGCUCCCCAAUUUUGACAUUGCUGCAGAUGCUGCUGCAACCUUUAAGGAACUCUUGACAAGGCACAAGUCUACUGUCGCUGAGUUUCUCUCUAAGAAUUAUGACUGGUUCUUUGCUGAGUAUAACUCAAAGCUUCUCGAAUCCAGUAAUUAUAUUACCAGACGACAGGCUGUUAAGUUGUUGGGUGAUAUAUUGCUGGAUCGAUCAAAUUCAGCUGUAAUGACGAAAUAUGUGAGCUCCAGAGAUAACUUAAGGAUUCUCAUGAAUCUUCUCAGAGAAUCAAGCAAGAGCAUACAAAUUGAAGCUUUCCAUGUCUUCAAGCUGUUUGCAGCGAACCAAAACAAGCCUCCAGACAUUGUCAACAUUCUUGUGGCAAACAGAAACAAGCUUCUGCGACUGUUGGCCGAUUUCAAGCCUGACAAAGCAGAGGACGAGAGGUUCGAAGCGGACAAAGCUCAGGUGGUGAGGGAAAUUGCAGGGCUUGAGCCAAGAGAUCGUGCAUGACCCCCCCUCCUACACUGUCUACAAGGGGCUCUCUCUUUCUUUCUUUCUUUCCUGCACUGUAAUUUUGGAAGACCAAUUUUUUGAAGCACCAGUUGAUGUUAGGUUACACUUGUCUGCUCCUCUCCGUCUAAAAAUCAGGACCCAUCUAUAUAUAUGGAUAUAUACAUACAUUCACAUGUA